GACCCUUCUACAUUUCUCUAGCGAACCACACUUCGCUGUCCACACAACCUUUACACCUAGUAGCAAUAAUCUCAUCCCACCACCACCACCAUGUCCGUCAAAGAGUGCACCCACCACAAAAACAAAUCCCAAAAACUCCUUCGUAAACUCUGCUCCUUCUUCCUCAUCUUGGCCUUCAUCGUCCUCUUAACCUUCUUAAUCACUUGGGCCAUUCUCCAGCCCAGAAAGCCCAGAUUCACCCUCCAAGACGCCACCAUCUUCUCCUUCAACGUCUCCGCCCCGAUCUUGUUAUCCUCCAACUUUCAAGUUACUGUCGCCUCCCACAACCCCAACUCUCGAAUCGGUGUUUACUAUGAUAAACUUAACAUUUACGCUUCCUAUAAAAACCAGCAAAUCACUUACUUCACCGGCAUCCAGCCGGUUUAUCAAGGCCACCAUGACACCAACGUCUGGUCACCUUUUGUUUAUGGUACGAAUGUUCCUGUGGCACCGUACAAUGGACAAUCGUUGAGUGAGGAUCAAGAGAACGGUUCGAUUAAUCUGUUGAUUAUGUUGAACGGACGGGUGAGAUGGAGAGUUGGGAGGUUUAUUUCCGGGAGGUAUCAUAUUCAUGUAAGGUGUCCGGCGUAUAUUCCGUUCGGGAAUAAACCGAAUUCGGCGAUUCCCGGGAUUGUUGUCGGUACCGGAAUUAAGUAUCAGUUGUCUACAAGAUGCAGUGUAAACGUGUGAAGAAGAUGGUAAACGGCGUCGUUACGGUUCUCACUUUUCACACUUGUUUUUACUUGAUAUUAUUGGAAGCAUACGUGGAGGAGGAAUUUGUAAAUUUUUAAUUUUGGUGGGUUGUAAUAAGAUAAGGAAAAGAUGGGCAUCAAGUAUAAAUGUAACUAUUUUUCCUGAUAAACAAUAAAUCUUUUUAGUUUCAGUUUU